AUGCCUCCAGCCAUCGACCUGCUCAUCUGUGACACUGAUGAUUCCAGGCGCUACUGGAAUUGGGCUUUCCAGCAAGAACAAGCAAUGAAGGCAUUUCAGCUGAUCCUACAGGGUGUACAGGAGCUGGAUGGCCCUUUCCACAUGUCUGGAAUCAAAGCAAGGGCCCAGAGAAGGAGUGAAACGUCGGUUGAGGCAGAGCUCUUCAAUGGAGAGCAGUUCCCAGCUAGUGCCGCCUCUUCUAAGCAUCUUAAAAGGCAGUUUAAACCGAACAAGGACUACUUCCUUUGUAAAAGUAACUACCCACUUGAGAAGGGCCCGCUGAGCCCAUGCAUCUGCAGGGAGCGUAUACUGUGCCACUAUCCAUCCAGACCGGAGCGCAGCAUCACCUGCAAGCUUUGCGAGGUUGUCUGCCCCGCCCAGGUCAUCACCAGAGAGGUCCAGCCUCGGACCACCCGCUAUGAUAUCCACCCGGCCAAGUGCAUCUACUGCGGCUUCUGCCAGGAGGCCUGCCCUGCGGACACCAUCGUCAAGAGCCCCAACUUCGAGUUCUCUGCGGAGACGCAUAAGGAGCUGCUGUUCAACAAGAAGAUGCUCGACAACAGGGACAGGUGGGAGGCUGUGAUCAUGGACAUCCAGGCCAACUACUUCUACCGCUGA